AUGAAUCUUAAAAAACAAAGAGCUCUUAACGCUGAAAAAAGAAAAAUUCACAAGAAAAAUGAAUCAAACAAGAGACGGUCACAACUUGUGAAAGAAUUUGAUGGAAAAUCAAUCCAAUUUAAUUUGUUUAAAAUUUUUCAUAACGCCAAAUUUCUUGAGUCUGUAGAAAAUUUUAAUCAUGAUGAGCAGUUGCUAAUUGAGGAUUUUGAAUCAUCAAUAGUUGAACAGGAUGAUAUUUUAAUACAUUCAUAUCACAACAAAAACAUUGCCACUGAAGAAAUUAAACAAAUGAAUCAACAAAUUGAGGAAUUAAAUGAAGACUUCAUAAAAUCCAAAGAGCUCCAUAAUCAAAACAAAAUAAUUGACAACGUUCAAAGUAAUCUGAAAAGAUAUUUAGAAACUAUAAAGGAAGAUAUCGCUAAGAGAAUUAGAUCCAUUCGAUGUGACAUAGAACAACUUGGUUCAAAUUCAAAUGAUUUAAAAGAUGAAUAUUCGCAACUUAACAGUAAUUUCAAUCAAGAUUUGGAGAAUGUUUUGUGGGAAUUAGAAUUGAAGACAAGAAAAACGGUUGCUUGUGAAGCCGAAAUGGAAGAAUUGCAGGAUGAUCUGAAAAGUUCUUUUCAUACGCUAAAUAAUUUGGAAAACAAAUUUUAUCCUCUCAAUGAAAAAUUAAACGAGCUGAAAACAGUUUUGAUGGAAAAAUUGCAGAAGAAAAAACAACUGGAGAGUUUUCUAGUCCCAAAGUUACAAAGUAUUUCCCCCGAAUCAUCUGUAAACAACAUAAAAGCUCGUGAAAAUAUUCUAAAAGAUUUGAAAGAAAACUUUUCGUCUCGUAUAAUUGGAAGACUUUCUCAACUUUGGCCAACUUCUGGUGAAACUGAUGCAGAUCAUUGCAAUGUUUUCAAACGAUUGGGAGAGUUUUCUGAAACAAUCAUUGUUGAUACAAAGGAAACUGCUCUCGAGUGUAUUAGUUACUUGAAGUUGAAACAACUCUCAGAUAUUAACGAAGCUUUCUUACCACUUAAUGAAUUGUCUGAUCAAAAGACCUCGAAUGACUUUCUUCCUGCCGGUGAACUUCCACCUUACUGUGAAAUCGUCGAAAAGUUAAUCAAAGUUAGUAAUGAGGAACUCAUGAGAAGUUUUAUUUACUUUCUCAAGCCAUCGCUCAUUUGCGGAUCUCUAAACGAGUCUGAGACAUUAAUUACUUGGGAUGGAAGUAAGAAAUUAAAUGUUGUGUCAAGAGACACGUCAACUUGUUUCGACAAGGAAGGUUUUCUUAAGUAUGAUGGUUUAGAUCACGAAAAAAUUCAUGAAGUUACUACAGUUGACGACUCUGAAAGUUAUCGAAGGAAGAAUUCUGAAAUUUUAGAAAAGAAAACCGAACUUUGGUCUUUAAAUGAUGAGCUGCAGUUGAUAGGUAAAGAAAUAAAAAUUUAUGAAAAAAUGAGCGCAUCACAAAAGCAGUUGCUAGAACAUGAGAAGAAACACUAUGAAUAUCUGAAAGAAGUCAUAAAGACAUUAGAGUGUAGUGAUAAAAGAAUCAGGCAGAUGGAAUCAAUAUCAUCAAUGCAGGGAAAACUUGACAAGAAAAUGGAAAUUCAUUUCAACGACUUCUGUAAAAAAUUUGGAUUUGAAAGCAUCAAAAUGUUCUUAAAAAACAAUAAAAGCUGGCUUUUGGCUAUUACUCCUGAUGAUCUGCCAGAUAAUGUUUCUCUAAUUCAGGAACAAUUGAAAAGACUUGAGGUGAACUUUGAAUCAUUGCAUCAAAAUUUAAAAGGUAAUGUCAAUGUAGUUGAGAAAUCCCGAGAGUUUCUUAUUGCACUUGACACAUUAAGUCAACAAAUUGAGAAGGAAAGAGGGAAAAUAGGAAAAGAUGUGAGCCAAACUCGAAUCAAACGAAUCAACUCUGAUCUUGCUGCAAUAAGUCAAAAAGUCGCUCUUCAAAAGAAAAAUGUGGGAAGUGUCAAAGAGAAGUUUGAGGAAGUUGCAGUGGAGCGAAAAGAGAGAUUCGUGAAGUGUUUGAAUGCUCUCAACAAUGGAAUUGGUGAAUGUUGUCAACAAAUGUUUGAUGGAAAUGUCAUUGCCAAUCUCAAAGUGGCCAAAAAUAAUGAUGAACCGUAUCUUGGUGAUACAAUUUUCACUUGGUACACAAUUUUAAAUUCACCUAAAAUUCUCACCGAACUUGAUAAAAACUACGAUGCUGCCUUAGCUUUUAUCUUCGCAAUAGUGAAGAUGAAAGGUCACAAAUUAAUCAUUCUUAACGACAUAUCCGGAAAAAUCAGCAAACAUGCCAAAAAGUUUAUUCAUCUUCAAAACGAUUAUCAAAUUAUUUCCAUCUCUUCACGACGAUCUGACAUGGAUACUUCAAACUUCCUUUUACAUCCAGAUUCGAAAUCAAAUUUAUUUACCAUUAAACGAUGUCGUUAA